AUGGCGUGGUUGCCUUCUCAUUUGCUGCUAGCAGGCGUUGUAGCAUGUGUACUUAGGUCCAGUGUAGCCAAGCACAAUAUCCUGAUGAUAGCGAUCGAUGAUCUGCGUCCGGAGAUAGCUGGCUAUGGAUUUCCUCGCAUGCACACACCCAACAUGGACAAGCUGAUCAAAGAAGGUACGAUGUUUCGUCGUAACUACGUCCAGCAGGCAGUGUGCAGUCCAUCUCGUACAUCGCUGUUGACUGGCCGAAGACCAGACACCACACAUAUCUAUGAUCUAUGGACGUACUUCCGAAGUGCUGGCUGUAAUGUCACCACGCUGCCACAAUUCUUCAAACAACAAGGAUACAAGACUGCAGGACAUGGCAAGAUUUACCACCCAGGUCAUGCCUCGGGAGCAGGGGUUUUCCCUACUGGAGACGACCCACCCAGCUGGACUGAACCUUACUUCCAUGCACAUCCCAAUGGGAACUUCUCCGGGAAAUCUAUAGCCUGGAAGACACCAGAUUUUCCUGAGGAAAUGUUUCCAGAUGCUGAAAUAGCUGCUGCGGGCAUUGCCACGCUGAAGAGACUGGCCGAUGAACCCUUCUUUGUUGCCGUCGGUUUCCACAAGCCUCAUCUGCCAUUCAUCUUCCCAAAGAAGUAUCUUGACUACUACCCAGAGGAGAAUAUCACAAUAGCAGCUGACCCCUACCCACCCAAGGACAUGCCCGAGAUAGCCUGGUCGAACUGGGGAGAGCUACGGGCGUACGCAAACGUGGCAGCCAUGCACCUGCCUACGAACAUUUCCAAAGACAUGCCGGACGACUAUGCCAAGGAGCUGCGCCGUGCGUACUACGCGGCCACGUCCUACACAGACGCACAGAUUGGCAAGGUGCUGCAAGCGUUGGACACGCUGGGACUGAGUGCAAACACCACCGUACUGCUGUGGGGCGAUCAUGGCUGGCAGCUAGGUGAGCUAGGCGAGUGGUGUAAGCACACGAACUUUGAAAUAGCCGCCAGAGCACCGCUGAUUGUACGCACUCCACUCAUCCCAGAGUCGCAUGGUACGGUUGUUGAAUCGCUCGUCGAACACGUCGACAUCUAUCCAACAUUGGUAGACCUGGCCGGCUUUGAAGUGCCAAAGGGUUUGGAGGGAUUUUCCCUGGUCCCACUGUUGAAGAACAGCACCGCACAAUGGAAGACGGCAGCGUUUUCCCAGUACCCGCGUGGUCUACCGAAGGGCACAAAGCGUGAUCAUCCACACGACCACAGCAUGGGUUAUUCCGUACGUACUGCAGACUGGCGCUACACAGAAUGGGUAUACUUCCACAACACCACCAUGACACACGACUGGGAUCGCAACUUUGGUGCCGAGCUCUACGACCAUCGCGGAGACGACGGCACCAGCUUUGCCGCCUGGGAGAACCAAAACCUGGCUAACCUUCAGGAGUUUGGUCCGGUUGUGAAGCAGAUGUCGGCCAUUCUGCGAGCAGGGCCGCAGGCUCAGCAGGAACAAUUGCACACUGCUCACGGAAGGCACUCGUAA